AUGGGAUAUUCGGAGCUAAGGUGGAGGGCUCUUGAUGACGUCUUUCUCGGUUGCAACAUACAAUCUCGUGGGGUAUCUUUAAAAGGGAAUACUUAUUGGAUUGCAUCAGAAGUCAUCAAAGACUUUUCACUACUAUUAAGUUUCGAUUUCACAACCGAGAGAUUUGGACGCCUGAAUCUUCCCUUUCUACGUCUUGGUUAUGAGAUUUUGGCCUUAUCAGUUGUUAAAGAAGAACAACUUUCAGUUUUGCAACAGAGAUUGGAUACAUCAAGGGUAGAGAUAUGGGUGACUACCAACGAUAAGAUUGAUCAAACCAAAGUCUUAUCAUAG